UGGAGGGAGAGAAGGAGGGGGUCGGAUUUAGGGUAGUCUGGGCAGGUAGCCAUGCUUUUUCCUGCUUUCUUAUCUGAACUGCCCGCAUUUGAGUGAAAUACUACGUAAACAGCGCCUCUCUGCCAGUGCUUGUUCGGGCGGGGGGAGGGAUUUCUUUUCUUGGGCUGGAACAGGGAUUUUUUAAAGCAUAAAAUAAAAGCCCUUCAGGAUGUGGGUCUGUCACCCUAGCUCACUUUCCUGGGCUAGCGGGAACAGAGAACAGGGGCGCAGCAAUAACACCACCUUCCUCCUCCGGGGACAAGGGAUUGCGAGCUGAGGCAGCUUCCUCGGUAGCCUGUGACUGGCGGGAAGGACAACGGGAGGGGAAGUCGGAGGUUGGAGACGGCUGAGGGGAGGAACGGCCGCUUCGCACCGCGACGCCAGGAGCAGCCCAGCGGGGGCUGAAGAGGAGGGCAGAAGCCCUGGGAGCGCACCGGCUUCGCCGCCGCCGCCGGCUGGGAUGUGCUGCGAGGGCCCCGGGCCCCCUGACGGACUGAGGAGCUGAAGAAGCCGAGGGAGGGGUGGGUGGCAGAAUGGGGUGUGGGAAGAUGGCGGCGCCGGCAGGGCCAGCGACUUCUGCAGUUUCCUCCGGCAGCUUCGGGUCCCGGAGCAACACUCGAGUGGGGGGCGUGAGGAAACGCUGCCAGUGGUUGAUUUAUUGGGUCCCGGUUCUCUUCAUCGGCAGCAUCCUCGCCUGGUCCUACUACGCCUACGUCGGCCAGCUCUGCCUAAUAACCAUGACAAAUAUUGGAGAAAAAGUGGUGUGCCUGAUGGCCUAUCAUCUGUUUUUCAUGAUGUUUGUGUGGUCUUACUGGAAAACAAUAUCUACAUUACCAAUGAAUCCUUCCAAAGAAUUUCACUUGACCUAUGCAGAUAAGGAAUUGUUGGAGAGAGAAACCAGAAGUGAAACCCAUCAAGAAGUGCUGAGGAGAGCAGCCAAGGACCUCCCCAUCUAUACAAGAACAAUGUCUGGAGCAAUCAGAUACUGUGACAGAUGCCAACUUGUGAAACCAGACCGUUGCCAUCACUGCUCUGUUUGUGAUAAAUGUAUUUUGAAAAUGGAUCAUCAUUGCCCUUGGGUGAACAACUGUGUUGGAUUUUCCAAUUACAAAUUUUUCCUUCUUUUCUUGGCAUAUUCUCUGUUAUACUGCCUUUUCAUUGUUGCAACCGAUUUACAGUAUUUUAUUAGAUUCUGGACAAACGGACUUCCUGAUACUCAAGCCAAGUUCCAUAUUAUGUUUUUAUUCUUUGCUGCUGCUAUGUUUUCAGUCAGCUUAUCUUCUCUGUUUGGAUAUCACUGUUGGCUAGUCAGCAAAAAUAAAUCAACAUUAGAGGCAUUCAGAGCACCAAUUUUUCGAUAUGGAAUGGAUAAGAAUGGGUUUAGCUUGGGCUUCAGCAAAAAUCUAAGACAAGUCUUUGGCGAUGAGAGAAGAUACUGGUUGUUGCCAGUUUUUUCCAGCCUAGGUGAUGGAUGCUCCUUUCCUACCUGCCUUGUUAACCAAGAUCCUGAACAAGCUUCUUCUCCUGUUGGACACAGUUCUUCAAACAAAAAUGAGAAUAAUCAUCAUUUUCCUGCUAAACCAUUACGAGACUCCCAAAGUCAUCUCCUUACUGACUCUCAGUCUUGGACAGAAACCAGUGCAAGUAUUGAAAAGAAUAAAUUGGGUAUGAGCAACCCUGCACUAACUAUGGAAAAUGAAACUUAGUUAUGUAAGCAAGAGAGAGAAAUCCUGGACCUUCAAAUUAAGAAUUGUUGAUGAGAGGAUGAGGGAUUCCUCAACAACAUCAGCAUCCAUCAACCAGCUCUUCCAAUCCAUUGCUGCGUGGGCGUGCCAGAAGAUAUUUCAAGACCUAAUUUAGCUGUCUCUUAUUAUCACUUGAAAUCUAAGAAUCCUUGUCAUCUCUUACAUGUGUAAAAAUGUUUUGGUUAACACAAAUUAUUGUUAAAAUACAAAAGGAAAGUCUUGAAAAUUAUAUGUUGGGAAAGCAGGAAGUCUUUACUUUAGACGUACAGGACAACACCCAGCCCUUUGCAGAUUAUAGGGGUACUCUUUGUAUUGGCAUUGAUAGCUCAGGUGAGUGUAUGCUAUUUGCAUAUUACCUGGAUGUGCUCAUGCAGCAAUUCUUGAAUCUUUAAGUCAUCAUUAUCCAUGGGGAUAUAUUCUCAACUUUUAUCAAUUGAUGUAGGUGGUUUGGUUGGAUAUAAAGAUUGGACCAUAUUUUGAUUCUUACCUUCAGCUGAGUUAGCCACACAAAUUUAAACUAACCUCAGAUAGGUUGGAUAAGUUUGGAAAGUUUUGUUUGAUUCAACAUAAUUGCUCCCUUCCCCCACCUCCUUAUAGAAGGAUCACAUUAUAGCUAGGUAUAAUUUCUCUUAAUUCAUACCGGAGAAGCAAAUCAGAACAGAACUUCACACUCAGUAUAUGUAUGUGUAAGUUAAGGGCAUGCAGUUCAAACAUGCUCAGAGCAAAGUUUUGUGAAACUAUAAAUGUGUGAUUGUUUACUUAUUCAGUUAUUCAACCUUAUUAGAAGUGUUUGAUGUUAAUAUUUCUUGGGAAUGCUAGACUUGAAAAGCUUAACCUAAGUUUGUGGCUUUAAGAAGCUCCAUUUUAGUUAUAUGACUUUUUCUCUAUUUGAUAUACCAUCCUUGAAUUGCUGCAUUCCUCAUCAUUACCCUGAUUAUUUUCAUACGAGAAGAGGUGUAUUAUCAUGUAGCAGAUAUACUCAAACUAAUUACUGUGAUUCUGACUACACUCUGUAUUAAAAAGCCAAGUGGGUUGGCAGAAACACAUUUUAUUUUAAAUGAGACUAACAGUUGUCUAGGCUUUCAGGAUGGCUUUUGUAGGAUCAAUUUAACAACUAACUUAAGAUUUUUCAGAAAUUUCUGAAGCCAAGGAAAUUGUAGUUUCACAAAUAUCCUUUUAUCAGUGCCUUUGCAUGCGUGAUCUGUCAGAUGAAGUUAUAUACAUUUAAUGUAUCACAUAAAAUACAUUAUGCUGUUUACAUAAAAUAGGUGGUCAUAUUUAAUUCUAAGAUGGUUCAUAGAAGUUGAUUAUAUUAGCAGAGAAACAAAAAAAAUCUCACUUGAGGGUACAGUUGUGAAACAAAAUCAGUUUGGUAGUCGGAUAUUUUUUAUAUAGACACAGUACAAUAUAUAUCUGGCACCAUGACUUACUCCACAGCUGCAGUAGUACCAGGUAUAAACGUUUUUCAAAAGCAUGGAGAUACUUAAGAGUCCAAUUCCUGAGUACAUUACUGUUAAUUUUCUUAAUGUUCCAGAAAACCAUCAUUUCCUACUCUGCAGCCUAGAAUGUAAACUUUGAUGAUUACUUCCAAAUUAUUCUCCUGUGUAAAUAAGGUUCUCUUAAAGUGCAAUGGUAUGAUGUCUCUGACAUCAUUGUAGUUAUAAUGGAAAGGUCUUUUCCCGCCAACAUUUUAAUCCAAAUGAGUCGUUGCAGGUUCAGUCACCAAAAGUGCCAGAAUAUGAUCCUAACAGAUACGAUAUUUGAGAACUUUGUAUGCUAGGCAUUUUGCAGUCACUAGUUUCCAUAGCGUAAUGUUCUAUUUGCUUUGUAUCUUGAUUCAAAGUGGUUAGAGGAAUCUUAGGGGCAGAAUAGGAAAGAGUAGUACUAGCUUAAUCAUAAUGCACAUUGUGAUGUGUAUUCUUGUUAUGCAGGGCUUUGUUUGAUACUUACCAGCAUUCUUUAAAAUGUGUAUAAAAUGAAGGGAAAAACUUAAAAGAAGCUGAAAUUCAGCUCUCAUGUAACAUAUCUUAUAGUAUUUUCAGUAAAUUUCAGAAUAUCAGAGGACAUUUUAAAUAUGGCUCUUAUCACUGCUUCAUGGAAAAGAAGGCUGAUGUCUGCGUCCGAUGGCACUAAACAUACCUUCUGAGCAGAUGGGAUUCAUGCAAAAUAUAGAGCCAGACUGAUGGCUUUGACUGCAUUAUCAUGAUGCAGUUUUCUCAGCUAAUCCAGAUGUCAGACAUUUUAAGAGUAGAAUGGAGUUAGGGAUGGCUCUUACACACUUCAGCCCUGAUCAUAUUAUCUUGAAUGUAAAUGCCAUUGAUAUCUGUGAGCGAUGGGAUUUACAAGGAAAGUAUAUGGGAUUAGGGAAGUAGCAGCAGUGGGAUGGCAUAGAUAGUGGUGAUGUAGGAGAAGUGUUUUACAGAAGCUCUAUGACUUCUUGCUUCUGGAAAGCCAUAUGGGAGAAAGGAAUCUGUUCUAUCACUCCAUCACCAUCUGCACCUGGAAGACUAAAUCUUUGAUUGACUAGGACUGUCAGCUGAUUAAAGAAAUCUUAAUCAAUUAAUUGUGUGAGUUUCAGUUGACUGAUCAACUUAAUCUAUUGGUUAAAUUUGCAUAAACUUGUAUCUGGGUAAAAACAAUAAUAUUGAAGGAACAAACAUGCUUGCUUUGUUUUUAGAUGAUGCAGGCAUUGUCUCAGAGGUACUCCCUCCAACGUAUGACAAAAGGGAAAUACCUCUUAAGAUGUUGCUUAUUGUCUGACGUUUGUAUAAGUACUUACGAUAAAAAGGUUUUUUUUUUAAAAAAAUUAGCUGCCCUAUUUAGCAGAGGACGUUGUUAGGCAAUUUAAAAAGUUGAUUGUUUUGAUUAACUGAGCUAUUAAACUUUGCAGCCCUAUGAAAACAUUUUGCUUAUGUGCCUAGGAUAUAAAAUAUUCCUUGAAAAUAGUCUCAUAGUUCAGAUUCUAUUAUUAUAGCAUAUUUGGAGUUACUUUACUUUAUUAAACAAAGAAUUAAUACAUCCACUCCCAGUUUAGAAACUACUGGUCAGCACAUAGUAGUCCUUUUCUUCAGUAUUAAUCGUUUUUACUGAAUGUAAACAGUCUUAGUUAAGCAUUCACAGUAUGCAGCUAUUACACCUGUAUGGAAUACAGAGUGUAAGUAGAUAUGCUUCUAGUAAAAGUAUAUGCAGCUGCAGUGCUAGUGUACUAUUCUUGCACUAUAUGAUUAUGCCAUUCUGACACUGCUCUUAUAGAGUAGCUAGUUCAUCCCAUGUGUCCAAAUUUCAUAUGAAGUUUGUUUUCCACCCACGAAUGUGUUUACAUGUGAGUAUGUGCUGGAGAUCAAUGAUGUGAGACACAGGAACGCCUAUAAUCUUCCAAGAGCAUGGGAGAUUGCUGCUAGGUAAUAGCAAUGAUCUGUUACCUCACCUGUUAAUGCUUACACAAAUGUACUCAAUGAGCACUGGGGUGUGCUUGUACAAAUAAAUGUUCUGAACUAA